AUGUAUCUUUAUAAUAAACCAGGAAAUUUUGAUCCAAGAAUUAAUAGAAUAACACCAAUGUUUGGAAAUAAUUCAUGUAUAAGUUCUUAUGCUUAUAAUAAACUUAAAAGUUUAUAUAACUUAAAUUCUUUCACAGGACUUAAUGAUUUUAAUGCUAAUAUUGCAGCUUAUGAAGAAUAUUAUAAAUCUAGAGGUAAAAUUGAAACUGAAUUAUAUCAUAAGUUUAGUGAAAUAACAUAUGGUAUGGAAUAUCCAGAUUUUUUUGAAAUUUUUCCAAUACUUAAAGGUAUGAAUAAAGAUCCAGACUUGUAUUUAUUUAUGGUUUCAUAUCAUCUUCAUAAUUCAAGAUAUCGAAUUAAUUUUAAAGAACCAACAAUAAAAGAUAUCUGGAAUUUGAUAAAUGAAUAUAAACUAAUCAAAAAAACGUACCAAAGUGAUAGUGUAUUUGUUGAUUUCUAA